UCAUGUGUAUGGAGGAGGGUUGGUACAAGAGGAAGAUGAGAGAGAGAUAAAGUCUUAAUUAACUCCUUUAAUUAACUACAGUCAUGGAGGAGAGCGAAGAAAAGAGAGGAAGAAUACGAAUAGAGGAGAAACUAAAGAGAUACGAGAAGAUAGACUUUUUAGGAGAAGGACAGUUUGCUACUGUAUACAAGGCUCUGGACGUGGAGACAAACCAGAUUGUUGCCGUGAAAAAGAUCAAGCUUGGCAGUAGGGAGGAAGCACGAGAUGGCAUCAACCGCACAGCUUUACGGGAAAUUAAACUGCUUCAGGAGGUCCACCACCCCAACCUCAUUGGUCUUCUCGACGUGUUUGGUUACAAGUCCAAUGUCUCGCUCGUGUUUGAUUUCAUGGAUACUGACUUGGAGGUGAUAAUCAAAGACACAGACAACAUCAUCCUGACACCAGCCAACAUCAAGGCUUACAUCAUGCAGACUCUAAGGGGACUGGAGUUCCUUCACCUUCACUGGAUCUUGCAUAGGGAUCUAAAGCCUAACAACCUGUUAGUCAACUGUGAGGGGGUGCUGAAGAUUGGAGAUUUUGGUUUAGCACGAUUCUUUGGCUCGCCAAACAGACAAUAUUCCCACCAAGUGGUUACUAGAUGGUAUAGGAGUCCCGAACUACUGUUUGGGGCACGUUCCUAUGGGACAGGAGUUGACAUGUGGGCUGUAGGUUGUAUCCUUGCUGAGAUGUUGGUACGAUGUCCCUAUUUUCCAGGGGAUUCCGACCUGGACCAGCUCACUAGAAUAUUUACUGCCCUUGGCACACCCACAGAUGAUACUUGGAAGGAUAUGACCAAACUCCCUGACUUUGUGGCCUUCAAGCACUUUGAUGGUUCGCCGCUUCGUGAUCUCUUCCUUGCUGCCAGCGAUGACUUGUUGCAGCUUCUCGGAUCACUGCUCACUAUUAACCCCUCAAAGAGAUGCAGCUGUACUCAGGCUCUCAAAAUGCCUUACUUCAGUAACCGUCCAGCACAUACACCCGGGCCACUGCUGCCUCUCCCUCCUUCGAUAAAGAAUAAAAAGGAUCAUGACAAGCCGACCCUCAAGCGCAAGAUCGUUGAGGAAUCUGGAUUUGGAGCGUCCUUAGCCAAGAAACUGCAGUUCUAGACCACAAGCUCAAGAAAGAAGACACAAGAGGCAACUUCUGCACCACAAUAUUUUGGGUCUUCAUAAAGGUUCUUCUCUCUCCACUAGUUUACUAAUAAAACUUUAUGCCUUCAUUGAAGAAAUCUUUUUCUCUUUCUUGAUAUCAUUAUACUGCAUAAUGAUGACUGACAUACAGUACAGUACUUAAAACUAAGCAGUUUCAUAUUAACCAAUAUGGUAAUUUAUGGAUCUAAAGAUCGACAAAUGUGCAUGUACGCCGGGUCUGUAAUGUACUACACACGGAGGUUUACCCGCUCACUCUUACACAUCCGUGUGUAGUGCAGGCGGUUGCUUGCCCCACCCGGGGUACUCACACAUGAUAAUUUAUGUUUAAUGUGUUAUGUAUGUGGAGAAGUAUAGUUUAUGUUCAUCAUAUUCUGUGUACAUUAAGUUAAGUCGACAACUGAAUAUAAUUUUUACCUUGGCAGGAUGGGACCAUAUGUAUCAAUAAACGGGAAACAUUAA